ACUGCAAUGGAUAGUGCCAGACUUAGUGCAGUCAAGUCGUCUCCUAUGAUGGAAACUAUUAACAUGAGCUUGCAGUAUUUGGAUGUGUCCGUCCUGGGUGAGCUGGUUCCUCGGCUGUGUGAACUGAUCAAAAGUGGAGUAGGCCUUGGCACAAAGGGAGGCUGUGCCAGCGUGAUUGUGUCGUUAACCACACAGUGUCCUCAGGACUUAACACCUUAUUCAGGCAAACUUAUGAGUGCUUUACUUAGUGGCCUGACUGAUCGCAACAGCGUGAUACAGAAGUCUUUUGCCUUUGCUAUGGGGCAUCUAGUCCGGACUUCCCGAGACAGUAGCACUGAGAAGCUGCUGCACAAACUCAGCAGUUGGUACAUGGAGAAGGAAGAGCCAGUUUACAGAAUAGGCUGUGCUUUAACUGUGCAUGCUAUGGGUCGCUACAGCCCAGACGUAGUGAAGAGCCAUGCCAAACAUGUGCUGCCAUUGGCUUUUCUUGGCAUGCAUGAGGUUCCCGAUGAAGAGAAAGGAGAGAAAGAGAAUUCUACUUUGUGGACUGAAGUAUGGCAGGAAAAUGUACCUGGUACUCAGGGUGGCAUCAGACUGUAUAUGCCAGAGUUGAUAACCAUUACGCAGAAGGCUCUGCAGUCCCAGUCCUGGAAGAUGAAAGCCCAGGGCGCAGCUGCCAUGGCAUCAAUUGCCAAACAGACAGGCUCCCUUGUACCGCCGCAUCUGGGAAUAGUGCUCUCUGCACUGCUGCAAGGCCUGCCAGGGAGAACCUGGACUGGGAAGGAGGAGCUGUUAAAGGCCAUUGCCAGUGUCGUGUCUGCAUGCAAUGCAGAGCUACAGAAGUCAGUGCCUGGCCAGCCCACCGUCAAUGAUAUUGUCCAGGCUGUCCUGAAAGAAUGUUGGAAAGAGAACCUAAAGUAUAAGAUGGUGGCACUGCGCUGUGCGGCUGGAGUGCUGCAGGCAACAAAGGAAGACCAGUUCCAGGAGCUUGCAGAUAUCAUCUUUCCCAUGAUAAAGAAGAACUCUCUUGAGAGCAUGGGCACAGGUUUACCAAAGCAUGAUGAAGAGGACGAGGACAUGAGGGAGGAAGAGGUGCAGAUGGAGUCCCUGAUCUGUGCCUUCGAGACCCUGGGUAAAGCCUGGCCGAGGAGCCCAGAGACACAGCGUUGCUAUCGCCAAGAGUUUUGCAAGUUAAUGUGUGACCGUCUGAAACUCAGCACAUGGAAAGUGCAGCUUGGAGUGCUACAAGCCAUGAAUGCCUACUUUCAAGGGCUAAUGCUGUUUGAUCGGGAGCACUCAGACCCUGUGGCUUUGACAGAUAUACUGUUGGAAACCUGUUCAUCUAUCACCCAUUCUUUAGAAAACAAAAGCUACACAUCCAUAAGAACAGAAGCUUUGUCUGUGAUACAGCUGCUGCUCACCAAACUGCAAGAAGCUCAACAGUGGGAAAGCCUGACACCAGAAAGCAGAGAGCACCUCAUUCGUUCGUUGUCUACGAUGGCAUCAGAUAGCAGACCCGAGCUACAAGAGAAGGCAUUUAUAUUGAAGAAAACACUUGAAAAUCUUGACUAA